AUGGCAUCAGCAGUGGUGAACACAUUGGGGCUGGUCGCGCCGGAGGGCUUCCUCGACCUUGCUCCUUCCUCUGCCGAUUGCUCCUCCUACGGCUGGGUCAGCCCCAGAGCCUCCUCCGUCUGCAGCUUCUCCGACGACGACGAGGCCACGGCGGCGGCGAAGUCCUCCACUUCGACUCCAAGAACUCCAGAUCUGGCUGAAACGGCGGUCGAGGCGGUGGAUCUGGUGGAUUUCGAGUUUCUUCGGCUCGAUGAUCCGAUGACGAUGCUUCCCGCCGACGAGCUGUUCUCGGAUGGGAAGCUCGUUCCUCUGCAAGGUGCCUCGCCGCAGCCGACGCCGGAGGCGGUCACUCCUUUGUCGCCGUCAGGAUCCGCCGUUGAGAUUCGGUCUCUGGAGCCGCAUCUGGAACUGCGGAGAGUGGAGACGGAGGCGGCGUUCUCCUCUAAGGGGCCCCCGAGGUGCUCUAGCCGGUGGAGGGAUCUGCUUCGCUUGAAGAAGGCGGCGCAGAUCGGCGGAGGCGCGAGACAGGACGGCGAACGAUACUCCUCAUCGUCGUCGGAGGUGGCGACUGGCUCGAAGAGUCGAUCCGCGAGGUCGCUGAAGCAUUUCCUUCACCGAAACCGGAAGGCUUCCUCAAUCGAUCCUUCGCUGAACUUGCCCCUUCUCGGGGACUCCGAAUUGGAGUCUGUCUCCCUCUCCUCCCGACUCUCCCUCUCGUCUUCGUCGCCCUCAGCCCCGGAUCACGAGGAUGUACCCCGCCUCUCCCUCGACUCGGAGAAGUCCACCAGAAUCCCCAACUCCCUCGGCCGUAUACCCCCUCGGGUCCGCCUCUCUCCCAAGCCUAGAACCGGGGUCGAUGUUUCUCCUGCCCCAGCCCCAGCCCCUGGCGGCAGGAUCGGGACGAGCCCCAUGAGGAGAAUGCCUGGGGAGACGGUGCCGGUCCCGGCCGAUUCCCCCCGGAUGAACUCCUCCGGGAAGGUAGUAUUCCACAACCUGGAGAGGAGUACGAGCAGCCCGAGCACCUUCAAUGGGGGAUCGAGGGUGAAGCACCGGGGCAUGGAGCGUUCCUACUCCGCAAACGUCGUCCGAGUAACGCCCGUCCUCAACGUCCCCGUCUGCUCCUUGCGGGGCUCCUCCAGAUCGGUGUUCGGCUUCAGUCAGCUGUUCUCAUCUCCGCAGAAGAAGGAUCCGGCAGGGGGCUUCUCCUCCGCCGCCAGCAGGAAUGGCAACGCCGGGGGCAGGAGCGGCAAAAUCGAGAAGCUGCAAUAG